AUUUAAUUUAGGUUCAUAAAUUAUUAAUGUUUGCUAAUCUUCCUGGUAAAGUAGCUUUAAUCACUGGUUCUACAAGUGGCAUAGGUUUAUCAGUAGCAAAGAAAUUGGCAUCUUAAGGAGUUCACAUAGGACUUAAUGGAUUUGCAAAGCCUGAGGAAGUAGUUGCAAUAAGAAAAGAGAUAGAGAAUUAAUUUAAAGUAAAGACAUUUUAUCAUGGAGCAGAUUUAAAAGAAGCCCCAUAAGUAAAUUAUAUAAUAAAUGAUAGGUUAAAAGUAUGGUAUAAGAAACAAGUUAAGCAUUGGGAAGUGUGGAUAUUUUAGUAAAUAAUGCAGGAAUAUAAUAUAUUGAAAGCGCAGUAAACUUUCCAGAAUAAAAAUUUAAUGAGAUAAUAGCAAUAAAUUUAACUGCAGCAUUUCUUACCACUAAAUAUGCAUUACCAAAGAUGUUGAAUUAAAAUUGGGGACGUAUUAUAAAUAUAGCUAGUGUUCAUGGUAUGAAGUAGUAUUGAUUAAAAAUAGGUUUGGUUGCAUCAGUAAAUAAAUGUGCUUAUGUAGCUGCAAAACAUGGUAUAGUUGGAUUAACAAAAGCAACAGCAUUAGAAGUUGCUAAAACAGGAGUUACUAUAAAUGCAGUAUGUCCAGGAUGGGUUAUGACUAAAUUAAUUGAAACUUAAAUCUAAUAGAGAGCUGAUUAAUAUAAAAUAUCAUUUGAAGAAGCUUAAAUUAAAUUAUUAGAAGAGAAAUAACCAUCUGUUACACCUGUUUAAACUGAAUAAUUAGGAGAUUUAAUUACAUUCUUAUGUUCUAAUUCAGCUUCAUAAAUUAAAGGAUCCACUUAUACCAUGGAUGGAGGAUGGACAGCAUAAUGAUCAAU